AAACGCUGCAGUGAAAACCACGCUUUAAUUUAUUUUUAUCAUUCUAUCAAUAACAAAAACAAGUAGCAGUAGUAUGUUAGUAACUCCAAAACCAAACCAGACCUUCUUCUUCUUUCUUCUUCCAUGGCUCCUAAACCGAUGAUUUUAACUUUACAAACCCUAGAACUCAAAGAUUUACAUUCCCUAGGUUUCAAACUUUGGUUUUUAUCUUAUUCGAUCUCAAGAUAAAACAAAUCAAUCCUUUUCCUCAUUUUUACUAUUCUUUUUUUUUCUUUUUCUUUUUUAGAUUUCGAUUCUUGGUUUGGCCUUUCAUCAACUCUGAAUGCUGUUAAUUUCUACAUUUUGACUCUGAUUUUUCUUUAGAGUCAUGGCUAGACGCCAUGGUUGGCAACUUCCUGCUCAUACUUUUCAGGUUGUGGCCAUAACUGUUUUUUCAUUGCUAUCUGUUGCAUUCUUUGCUUUUUUUGCUCCAUUCCUUGGAAAUGACAUCUAUGAAUAUGUGGCAAUGGGUGUUUAUUCUUUCUUGGCGCUUUCCGUAUUUGUUCUUUAUGUUAGAUGUACAGCAAUUGACCCUGCUGAUCCUGGAAUUCUUAUUGCGGGUGAUGAGAGAUCAGCAUAUGGGUCACAGCAUACCAAUGAAUUGCCAGGUAAUGCAUCUUCAACUGGAGAGCCUGGCAAGAUAGGAUUGAAGAACGGAGAAAGAUCAACUCGGCAUGAUUCUAGUUUCUGUUCAACACUUGGAGGUGUCUUUUGCGGCUGUAUGGUGAAUGAAGACUGCCGCAACGAUGAGGAAUAUAUGCAGCAACAAGCUGGUGAAGAAGAUGCCUUAUUUUGCACAUUGUGUAAUGCUGAGGUGCGGAAGUUCAGCAAACAUUGCAGAAGUUGUGAUAAAUGUGUUGAUGGAUUUGACCAUCAUUGUCGGUGGCUAAACAAUUGUGUGGGGAGGAAAAACUAUGUCACGUUUGUCUCUCUCAUGGCAUUCAGUCUUCUAUGGCUCGCUGUUGAAUGUGGGGUUGGUAUUGCUGUCCUGGUCCUGUGUUUUGUUGAUAAAAAGGGUACAGCAAAUCGAAUAGAAGAGAGGCUUGGAGUUGGUUUCUCCCGACCGAUAUUGGCAUCUUUGGUUGCCAUAUGUACAGCUGUUUCUCUUUUGGCUACUGUGCCUUUAGGAGAACUAUUCUUUUUCCACAUGAUUUUGAUACGAAAGGGAAUUACCACCUAUGAAUAUGUGGUGGCCAUGAGGACACAAAGUGAACCUCCGGGGCCAUCUGUUGAUGGGGGAAUGGAGCAGCAAAGUCUACCCUCUUCACCAACCAGCUCAGCAGUAACUGCUAUAAGCGGAAGAAGCUCUCUUGGGAUGGGCUUACAAUACAAAGGUGCUUGGUGCACACCCCCUAGAAUAUUCAUGGACCAUCAGGACGAAAUAAUUCCACAUCUGGGACCUGGACGUGUCCCAUCAACAGUAGAUCCAGAUGUUGAGUUAUCCAACAAGGAAAAAGGCUUACCCCGGCAACCAGUUCGUAUCAGUGCCUGGAAGCUAGCAAAGUUGGAUUCAAACGAAGCAAUAAAAGCAGCUGCAAAGGCUAGAGCAUCAUCAUCUGUAUUACGACCUAUAAAUUCGCGUCAUCACCCAUACGAUGCAGGUCAUUUAUCAAGUGGUAGCGCUAGCGUUAGAAGCAGCCCUAUGAACAACACGGAUCAUGGUUUCAAUACCAGAGAGGCUGGAUCUGGGAUUGUAGGGCUAUCUCGUAAGAGUUCUUACCCACCUAGUCGUGCCAGUGUAGAGGAUCUUGACACUUGUGCUAAUAGCGUUAGUAGCUUUAACAGUCCUCACCGCACUAACAUGCUUACUCCAAUGGAACAAAGAGUUCCUCAUGAUAGAGCACAGUUCAAUCCAAUGUAUCAAUCUUCGGCUGAUCAAUCUCCAUGGUCGGCAAAAGCCAGUGAAGGAGGGACAGAUAUCAUCCCACGUGAAACUGUAGAAAUGAACCCAAUUAAGAAAAACAAUGUGGGUGUUGGAGAGAACACGAGAAACUCAGUGUUUUGGGAUCAAGAAGCUGGACGAUUUAUGUCAACAGCUUCUAAAAAUACAGGGACUUCCUCUGCUUCUCAAGUUGCUGGAGCAGAGUUACUUUACACGGGUCAGUCUAUAUUCUUUGGUGGUCCUCUUGUCAAUGAAGGGUUAACGAGGGGUCCUAGACAUGGUGUUGGUUUGUCAGGGGCCAGUGGUUCGGAAAGAGGCUCAACUUCAAGCCACUAUCAACAGCAAGGUAGAUCAGAGAGAGGAGGUCAGCUUCCUGUGUUUGUUCCCACUGAUUCUCAUACAAACCAGCUAUCAACCUCUAGACUGCCUUAAAGGUCUUCAUGAAUAUGAAAAGGUUCAAUCAUUUAGGAAUUUCUUUUGCUAUUUUCUUUUCUGUUAUGAUAAUCAAAGAGCUCCAAAAGAACGAAGUCCGCUGCUACCUUAUCCCUUUUGGGCAUCAGUCUGGGAAAUGCAUCAGUCUGGGAAAUGCAUCAACACAAGGACAAAUUCGAAGAAUAAAGGACAGUUAAAAGUUUCGAAUGAAACUAGAAAAACAAAAAACUAGACAAAUUCUGUAUUAUAACAUUUCCUGACAACCAAACGCAAAUUGGAUCCACUGUUUAUGCAGUUGUCAGUCGAGCACCAAAAAAUAAACGAAGACAUCAUUUAGACCAAGCACAA